AUGCCUGAGGAAGUGCGGCACGAGGAGGAGGAGGCGGAGCCCUUCGCCUGCCAGGCGGAGAUCGCCCAGCUCAUGUCCCUCAUCAUCAACACCUUCUACUCCAACAAGGAGAUCUUCCUGCGGGAGCGCAUCUCCAAUGCCUCCGACGUGCUGGAUAAGAUACGCUGUGAGAGCCUGACUGACCCCUCAAAGCUAGACAGUGGUAAGGACCUCAAGAUUGACAUAGUCCCCAACCCCCGGGACCACACACUCACCCUAGUGGAUACUGGCAUUGGGAUGACAAAAGUGGACCUCAUCCACAACCUGGGUACUAUUGCCAAGGCUGGUACCAAAGCCUUCGUGGAAGCCCUACAGGCUGGCGCAGACAUCUCCACGAUCGGGCAGUUUGGUGUGGGUUUCUAUUCUGCUUAUCUAGUGGCUGAGAAGGUGCUUGUCAUUACCAAACACAAUGAUGAUGAGCAGUAUGCUUGGGAGUCAUCAGCUGGGGGCUCCUUCACU